AUGAGUCCAUGUACAAUUUGUACAUGUACAGGAAAUGGAUUUCGUUGUGAAGAUAACCAAUGUGAAAUUACUGCAGAAAACAAUGUUACUAUUACCACUACAUCACCAUUAACAUCUACUUCAACUGUAACUGCCACAUCUACAACAAUAUUAGCUCGUGUACCUGUCGAUGGUGAUGAAUCUACAUGUCAUCGAACAACAAAUGGUGGACGAGAUGAUUCUUAUCUUGAUUGCAGUGAAAUAUUUAUAGCUGGUAAGAAAACAACCGGUAUCUAUGAAAUAUGGCCACGUACCUCCAGUCGACCAUUCAAAGUUUUAUGCGAUAUGGACACAGAUGGCGGUGGUUGGACAGUAUUUCAAAAACGUGGUGAUUACAUUCCACAAACAAAUUUUUUUACAACAUGGGCAUCAUAUAAACGUGGUUUCGGUGAUUUACAACGUGAUUUUUGGUUGGGAAAUGAAAAGAUUUAUUAUUUAUCAAAUCAAGAUGAAUAUCGUUUAAGAAUUGAUUUAGAAGAUUUUCAAGAUCAAAAACGUUUUGUUGAAUAUGAAUGGUUUUUCAUUACAGGUGAAAGUAUGAAAUAUACUUUGAAUUUGGGACGAUUUAUACACACAAGUAGUGCUGGUGAUAGUCUAUCUUAUAAUCGUGGCAUGAGAUUUACAACAAAAGAUCAAGAUAAUGAUGCAUCAACAUCGCAAUGUGCAGAAAAUUAUAAGAGUGGUUGGUGGUAUGCUGGAUGUACACUGACUAAUCUCAAUGGACUCUAUUUAAGAGGUAAUGAUUCAACAGCCACAGGUAUAUUUUGGAAUAAUUGGUUAGGUGCCAAAUAUUCAUUGAAAGUAUCAGAAAUGAAAAUAAGACCAAUAAGUUUUAAUUCAGAAAUGUUGUCCUAUUAA